CGCCUGUCUCACAAGCGCAUAAUGGACCAACUAACAGGUCAGACAACAUCAACCGCGGAACUGCCUUUGUUCUCUACGAGGAAGUCGAUGAUGCCGACGAAGCCAUCGCAAAGAUGCACGAGGCGCAGUUGGACGGUGCGAAGCUCAGUGUUUCCAUAGUACUCCCCCGUCGUCGCUUCUCACGAUCUCCUCCCUUCCGCCCAGCGCCUCGCGACUCCUAUGAUAGCAGAGGAGGUGGUGCGCCGGGCUCGUACCGGCCGCCGCCCAUGGGAGGCCCACAGCGUUAUCGUUCCCCACCACGCCGUUAUUCUAGGUCCCCACCUCGAGGAUAUCCCGGUGGUCGAGGGGGUCGCGGUAGGGGUGGCUUCGGUGGCCCACCAAGAGGAGAUCGAGGUGGUUCUCACCGUCGCUCAUAUUCGAGAUCGAGGUCUCCCAGGCGAAGCCGAUCAAGGUCGUACUCUUCUAGAUCUCGCUCGGAGACACCACCAAGACGUGGAGAUGGCGGAGGUCCUGGUCGUGGACGUGGUCGUGGACGGGGCGGAGAUAAUUUCUCUCGCAGGGAUCCAUCGCCUCGCGGACGUGGACGAAGAAGCCCCAGCUAUGAUUCAUAUGACAGCUACAGUGAUCGAAGCCGUAGUAGGGGCAGGGGUGACGGAGGACGAGACCAUGGUCGCUGAUUCUUGUGCACGCGUUUGCGGAAAGCAAAGAAAGGUACAACACUUGGACAGGAUUGGCGUUGGAUGGCGUUGCAGCAGGGAAAGGAAAAAACAAAACUCAAUUGCGGGCAUUUGGACUUCCAUUUUGAUUUUAUAGAAUUAGCAGCCUCCGGGAUCAAGGAUACCCCUUUACGCUCUCACAUGGCAUCGCUGUAUACCGCCCGCAAUGA